UUUGCCUUCACGCCCACCGUAAGCGAUGUCUCUCAAUCAUGCCUUCAGACUCUUCUUCUGGGGAAAGUCAGUGCGAAGAUAUGGGCAACUUCUGUGGCGGCCAGCACCACCGCCGUCCUGCCACCACCAGAAGCACAAGCAUAAGCAGAAGAUCUCUUGACCAUCGGGAAGAGGUGCAAAUGAAUUCAUCCGCCAAGCAAAGAUACGCCUUCAUUCCAGAUCGCUUCUCGUCCCUUGAUCAGGUGACGACGGCCUUAAGACAAGCUGGACUGGAGUCCUCCAAUCUUAUCCUCGGCAUAGAUUUCACCAAAAGCAAUGAGUGGACAGGCAAGGUCUCAUUCAAUAAGCGAAGCUUGCAUAGCAUCGGAGAUGUGCCGAAUCCCUAUGAGACAGCCAUCUCUAUCAUUGGAAAGACUUUGGCUCCAUUAGACGAAGACAACUUAAUUCCUUGCUUUGGCUUCGGAGAUGUCACAACUCAUGAUCGAGAAGUAUUCAGCUUUCACAGUGAUCAUUCCCCCUGCCACGGAUUUGAGGAAGUUUUAGCCUGCUAUAGAAAAAUAGUUUCGAGUUUGACACUUUCAGGGCCAACAUCUUACGGACCGAUAGUUGAGGCUGCCGUGAACAUUGUGGAGAAAAGUGGUGGCCAGUUCCAUAUAUUAGUUAUCGUUGCAGAUGGCCAGGUCACAAGGAGUGCGGAUACAAGGGAUCAAGAGCUCAGCCCACAAGAAGAGAGGACCAUUAGCUCCAUCGUGGAAGCAAGCUUAUACCCACUUUCAAUCGUCCUUGUUGGAGUUGGAGAUGGGCCUUGGGAAGAUAUGCAGAAGUUCGACGACAAGAUCCCUGCACGUGAAUUUGAUAAUUUUCAGUUUGUGAAUUUCACUGCCACCAUGUCUAAAAGUGUAAGUCCAUCGGAGAAAGAAACGGCAUUCGCUCUUGCUGCUCUCAUGGAGAUUCCCUUCCAGUACAAAGCCACCCUCGAGCUUGGAAUGCUUGGUCAUGCCAGGGGCAAAGCUAAAAGGGUAGUUCCACGUCCUCCACCAGGGGGAAUUCCGCACAGUGAUGGCAUACUCAGAAUGCCUACCAACCUCUCAGCCACAGCUGAUGACCAACAGAACCAGGUGUGCCCUGUUUGCCUGACAAAUCCCAAGAACAUGGCAUUUGGUUGCGGUCACAUGGCUUGCGGAGAAUGCGAAGAAAGAUUGUCCAGUUGUCCUAUAUGUCGCCAGCCAAUCACUAGCAGGCUCAGACUGUACACGUGAUUAUUCCUCCAGGAUGAAAAAAAGCACACUGGCUGCACUUUUAUCGAGCCUCAGAAAGAUAAUAGAGGUUAAUGCCACUGUUCAAUGUACGAAGAUGGACCCUGAGAAUAUACUUACAUAUGUAUGAUAUAUACGUAAAUAUGUACGAGUGGCAGGUGCUGGCCCA